AUGAAGGAAUCAUUCGAAAUCAUGCCUGAUCAAGAACAUUACAGCCUUCGGUGGAACAAUCACCAAAAUCAUAUACUACGUGCGUUUGACACGUUACUGCAGACCAAGACGCUCGUCGACGUCACGCUGGUGUGUGCCGAAACUAGCAUCCGAGCGCAUAAGGUAGUUUUAUCCGCUUGCUCUCCGUUCUUUCAGCGUGUAUUCUCCGAAACACCCUGCAAACAUCCCGUGAUUGUGCUGAAGGACUUCCGCGGAUGGGUCGUACAGGCGAUCGUGGAUUUUAUGUACCGUGGUGAAAUCAGUGUACCACAGGAACGGCUUUCGGUACUAAUACAGGCUGGCGAAUCGUUACAGGUGCGCGGGUUAGUAGACCAUCCGGUAGCAGCCAAUACCCCAACUCCGGCCCAGUCACCGGAAGAUUUUAGCCUGUUGGAUAGCUCACUUAUAUCGCCAACAUCACCCUCGCUACCCUCGCCAAACUUUCAAACCAAUCACCAAUCGGGACAGCUUCGACACCACACCGCGACGGCGCCCAGUCUUAUAUCGUCCAAUACGCCGAAGCUGUUGCUACCACCGCAAGUGUUUGCCGAUCCGUCGAUCAGUCUCCCCAGUGCUACCGUUGAUCCGUGCACCUCCCCAAUGCCUCGCCGCAAACAGGCACGCCCGCGAAGACGCUCAGGGGACUGUGCACCACAGGACCUGAGCAGCAAACCUUCAACACCUGUCCCGCAAGCUCUGGAAGAUGACGACACCGAACGGGAUCUGCUCGACGAUCGUCCAGACGACGAGGAUGAGUUAGAGGAUCUGGAAGAUGAUGAUGAUGACGAUGAUCUGAAGCGCAUCUUGCACCGAAGCCAAUCGGUCGAUGAAAAACUAGCGGCACUGGUUGCAAAAGAAGAUUUACGAACACAAUCUUCCAACAGCUUGACAACUACACCGACGACAACAACGACGACGGUGAACGACGAUGAAAGGCGAUCGCGCUCAUUACACAAACUAAGCCCUCGCAAAACGUCCUCUUCGAAGGGCACCAUGGGACUGCUGAAGGGAGAUGAUCUACACACUGAGCCAACGCCGGCACCGUCCGAAUCACCGCCAGUGUCAGAUGGACCGGAAAAUCUGUGCAUGAAAAAAACUUCCUCCGGUAGUUCCGAGCUAAUUAGAAAUAUAUCGACCGGAGCUAGUGAGCAGCGCAACCGAAUAACGUCGAUCGAAGCGUCGGACAACAAUACUGUUAGCACCGAACCUAAUGACCGGACCGCUAGUCGAGACGGCGUCGCACGCUUGCCUGAUGGAAGCAAGGACUCUUCUCCGCUUUCUGACACCGUCAGUGGACACAUGAGCAGCCGGGGUCUGCUAUCGUUGAAGGAUAUUCGGCACCUGAACCGUGCAGCGUUGAAUCGCUCCCUCGGAUCAAUCUCACCACCACCCUCUUUCUCGUCACUAAACAACAAUCUGCACCCGGCUCUGAGCCUUAUGCAUCAUCACCAUCAUCAUCACCAUCAUCACGGUGACUCGAAGCGUGUGAAGCUCGAAGAUCGUGAGGAUGAGCGUUCGCUACUGCACGACGAUAUGAUGGAACCACCACACUUUUUGGACCACAUGGAUCUGGCUCUCAGUACACAUCAACAUCCGCUAGCACAUCAUCUAGCCCAUCAGCACCAUCUCCGCAAUUCUUCCCCACAUUUGCGGCCCCCAACGGGCGAUGGUGGCGGUACGGACAAUAAUGGCAAUAACAGCAGCAACAAACAGAACGCUAGUGCAAACUCCAGCAAUAACAAUAACGGUAGCGCCGGCGCUAACAAUCACAACAGUAUCCUGAACCAGAAUCACAGCCACCCGAAUAACAAGCACCAUCAUCAACCGGGUAGUGGCGGGGUUGGUGGAGGUAGACCAGGAACACCCAAGCAUUCAUCCGGCAUCGGAAAUAACAACAACAACAAUAACGGUGGCAGCAAUAGUACCAGCAGCAUUAACAGUCUGCACCAUGGUCAUCAUCCGCAUCAUCAUCCACACAAUGGUCCGAAAGGAUCUGCUGGAGGGCCUAAAGACUUUCUACACAGUCCCACCCUAAACUUUCCACCCUUCUUCAAUCACUCGGAAGGACCGCCAAGGCCAACCCAUUCGCCGCUUCCCUUCCCGCAUAUGCCGUCGGUUUCAUCACUAACACUGACACCGCCCCACAUGUUUGGGCUAGAUUCACCGCUAGGACUUUUUCCGCCAGGGAUGGAUCCAGGGAAAAUUUACAGCCCCCUAAUGGAAAUGUCGGACCCCCGAAGUAUGCACCAUGAUGGACCACCGUUCCUAAAGAAGAAAAGUAAGUUGAACCGACCAAAAGGACAACAUUCGGCACCACGCGGAGGACCACCCCGAUCAUGGACCAACGCUGAACUUACCGAGGCACUGCAGCACGUGUGGAACAAGAAAAUGACCACCAGUCAGGCGUCGCGCAUCUUCGGCAUUCCCUACAACUCGCUGCUAAUGUAUGUGAGGGGCAAGUACGGAAAAAGUCUGAAACUGGAGCAGCUCCGAAAGGACUGUAUCAGCGGGCCACCGAUCGAGCUGCUGCAAAUGGGUGUCGGUAACAGCAACAAGGACAAGAAGGAAGGCAAAGAUUCCGACCUACACCACAGUCACCAUUCCGGCAGUGGCACAGGUCGGGAAGGAAACAGUGGUCCAAACGGUGGUGGUGGUGGUGGUGGUGGCGGUGGUCCCGGCAAUGGUCCCCGAUCUGCAUCAUCCGAACCGGAGCUCUUGUCCAGCCCAAAUCCUCUGUUCAACCCAUUUCCCGGUGGCUUCUAUCCCGAUUUCCCGGGUGGAUUUCCAGGACUGCCACUGAGCAUGCUGAACCUGUUGCCACCAGAACGACACCCACCGCAUACGCUGCCGAUGUCCGUCGACGAGGAUUGCAAAAGCGAUCGGUCGAAACAAUCGCUGGACGAUGAUUUUCCGCAACCGUUAGCACUCAAUCGACCUUCAUCGGAGCAGUUGUCGGACAGCCGGCGGGAGAUAUACCAGCAGAACGGGCAGGACUAA